UGCGUCCUUGUACUGACAAACGAAACUAACAGAGAAGAACAAGCAUCAUGUCUAUGUCGGCAGAAGAAGUACAGUCAGCUCUCUCUGAGGUGAUGAAAUAUGCAACGAGAGGUGUUCACUAUGAUAGCAACAUGGAGCUGGAGAUGUUGAAGGAAAAAGUGAUUGCGUACUUCAAUGUCAGGGUGAACAUCCAUAGGACGAUUGCUGCAAAUGGAGACAAGGCAACCACAACAGUACAUCUUUUGGACCGCCUGAAGCGAACAAGAGCAGUGCAUAGCGAAAGUCAGACCGAGGAGUCAGCGUAUAGCCUGAAGGGAGUCGAUGAAUGGAUGUGUGAGGAUACAAAUAUUGACAUGUCGAUGCAACAGAAAGGAGGUGUUUACGGGACCACAGAAUUCAAGAAACUCAUGAAAUUUCAGGCGAGAAGUGCAGGAAUGGUCCAAGGGGGAACAAAGGAUGAUAUGAAGGUAAACGGAGCAGAAAUUUCACCGUUGUCAAGGAUAAAAGAGAUACCACAAGCAUCCCCAAAAGACUUCCAUGAUCUUCGAACGAUAGUUGCGGAUGGUGUAGAGUACGUUCUACUGGACCAAAUGGUGGAUUUCAUGAAGAAACCUUCAGAGGACAAAAAUAUCAUCCGUGAGGUGUUACAUGAUGUGACGGAGCAAGCAAUUGAUGCAUACGACAUUAUGGAAUACAGCAACAAGAAUGAGGAGGAUGAGCUCGUGAUGGGGACACCAUUGUGCGAAGGAACAAUCAUGGCGGUCUUGCGACAACUUGGCCAGGCGGCUUCUGAAGUGGAGAGACAAAGGAAGAGGACAAAAGUAUGGACAAUGGUGGCAAGACGUGCUUUGCUUCCACCUCAAGGAACAACACAAGGGACCGUGACAUCUGCACGCAUAGAGAUGCCGCUCUCCGCAGUCAAUCAAUCAGUGAUAACUUCAGCUCCAGGAGAGGUUGCCGCAGAGGACAUAAUCACAGGCUGGUCAUUACGAGAGGAAGUGCGUUCACGUCGAGGGGAGCAAGUGUUUGCGACUGAAGAUGCACAAGACACAAAUAAUGAUGCGGUCUCGCAAGAAGUCGAAGAUGAAGAUGGAAACAAAUCGCCUCCCACAGUGGAAGUCAGUGGUAGUGAUGUUAGCAGCGAUAAGGAUGGCGAGGAAUAUGAUCCUUAUUGGGACAUAAAGGGAGGUGGCACUCAAGUGACAAAAGAGUGGUGCCAUGGAAUAUUGAGGUUGGCACGUGUGUUUGCAGAUCUUCAUGGACUCAUACGGGUCGUGGAGAGGGAUAAAACACCAGAUGGCGGACUCCAAUGUUGGGAUGGGGGUGGAGGGGCCAUGAGCGAAGGGCAGGGAGGGCACGUUGGCCCGGGUGCGUCGCGAGUGAAGCAAGGAACCGAAUCCGAUGAAGAAGAGGAGCUGGAAGAUGGAAGUGUGGAGAUGAGCAUGAACGGUGAAAUGCGAUAUAAUCACAGUGCACUGCGUCAGACACAGGAACGGCAAAUGAUCGCGGGUGAUAAUCAGGGACAGCCGCAUCAUCAAUUCCUGGAAAAUAAGAGAGGACCGUUAGGCACGCUAAUGGAAGGAGAAGGGCGGAGCUUGCUGCUUCCAUGCGAAGAGGGAACUUCGAGAGGGGUGGGGAGGGAGGCGCAAGCAGCUGAAUAUGAGCACCUGUCCGUUCUAGGUCUGGGUGCACGUGGCGGAGGUGUAGGCGAGAUGGACGAAGGAACCCUCAUGGAGAUGGAGAGAAGGUGUACGGAAGAAAAUGCAUCCUCCUACAUGGACGGCGCUGCCUCGUCUUCACAAACUGUAAGUCAAGAGAGAACUCAGCGAGGGAGGAAGACUGUCUGGACCACAGUGGCUUCUCCAUGUGGGCGUAUGGAAGACCUGGCAGCGGCCGGCUUUGGCGAAGUAGAGGGGCGAGGACCUGAAGCAGGAGGAGGAGGAGGAGGAGGAGGAGGAGGAGAAGUAGUAGGAGGAGAACUACCGGUAGGAGGAUGUAAGGUAGGAGGAGGAGAAUCGUUAGGAUCUGGCGUCGCGCAUGCUCCAAAUGCUGAACGAAUCAACGAAUCCUUUUGCAUAGACGCGGGAGUCGAAGGGUACGGGCAAAACCACGGUUGUUCGUCGGACAGAGGGGAGCCAGGCGUCGUUUUGGCUGAGGAGUUGGAAAUGCAGCAACAGUCGUGGGUUGCCGACAACCGUCGGAUGUGUUCUUCGUCCCCAUCGCCUUUAGAAUACCCUGGUAUGGGCUCGCAAGCAAGCAGGGGGUGGGGAGCCCAUUUGUUCGAUGAGCAGAGUUUGGAGAGGAUGAGCUGGCUGAGACGGUUCUCUGGCAAGGAAGGCGAGCUCAAAGGGUUGGGAUACGAGAGAGAAACAUCUAUUAAUGUGAUCGAGAGACUAAGUGGUGGCAGCACCCGACAUGCAGUUUUGCUUGCGGAGGGAGAGGGCGAGGGAGAAGGGGCGGGCGCAGGCGAACGAGGGAUGUUCAGUCGGUCUCAUGAGGACAAAGACCGGCGUCACCUGCAAGUUGUGGAUAUGUUGCGCGGGAAUGGUCGUGAGGAGGAAGAGGAGGAGGAGGAGGAAGGGAUUGCGGAGGAGGAGGAGGAGAUGGAACAACACAGCGGAAGGAGGGCAAGAUUGGGAACCCUGAACAUGACUCCAGUGGGCUCGAUCAACGGAGGAGAUAGCUGUAAUGAGUCGGCUAGCGAGGGUCAGAACUUCGGGUGUAGGCGGGGGCUGGCAGUGGGCCUCGGAGACGGGGGAUUCACGGAUAGGGAGGACGAUACGGGGGAGCGGGAUUACCAAAGAGAGAAUGGAGGGGGGUUCAUCCAGCCUCAUCUUGCCAUGUUCAGUUCGGUGGCGGCGGGAAAUGGGGCAGGAAUGUCGAGCGGGGCUGGGCCAGGGAAUCUGGCGGGGACGUUGCUGACGCACGGGAACAGAUUGGUUGUGAGUCAUAACAGCAACACCAGCUCGUCUUCUUGCAUGGGAGGGGCUGCUCCUGCCAGCAUCGUGGCAGAUGCAAGGAAACAGGUAAAGAAAGAGCCUUUGUUCGAAAAGGCUGUGACUCCGAGUGAUGUGGGAAAGCUUAAUCGUUUGGUUAUCCCCAAACAACAUGCAGAAAGGUGGUUCCCUCUGGAUGUCGGGACCGGGGCAAGAGCCGCGCAGACGCUUUCUUUCGAAGACGAGUCAGGAAAGCACUGGAGGUUCCGGUACUCGUACUGGAACAGCAGCCAAAGUUACGUUUUGACGAAGGGAUGGAGCCGCUUCGUGAAGGAGAAGCUUUUGGUCCCGGGCGACAUCGUCUACUUCCAUAGGGGCCAGACAUCGGACUUGUACAUCGGCUUCAGGCGGAAGCCUGCUCAGGGUCCUCCGCCCCCCUCUACCUGCAUGGUGGCUGCCACGUCCGCUCUCGACUCUGGUCUUCACCAGCAUCAUCACCAUCAGCAACAGCAACAUCAGACCCGUCAUUACGUUCACAGCCAUGGAGGAGCGUUCGCCCCUCGCUUAGUGAACGCCUCGCCGCCGCUGCCGCCUUCGGCAGCUUCGGGAAUCCACUUGCCAGCCACUCUGCCUUGCGUCGUCCCGCCAACUCCGCCGUCGUUGAGGACUCCUGCUGCCCUUGCCGCUGCUGCUGCCGCUGCCGCCGCCGCGGCCGCCGCCGCGGCCGGCGCCAGUACUAGGACUCUACCUACCCCAGUGCCGCAGUCCUGGCUCCAGCUCGGCCACCAGUUUGACAUUCACGGAGGACCCUCCGUCGAUCUGCCAUCUCCGCCUUUGGAUGUCGGCGCUUUCAUGGGUGCCCUAGGCAGAUCCAUGCUGCAUCACCACCAGCCGCAUGCCACACCAGGCCUAGGCGGGAAUAACUUUGCACCGCCGCAGUGUCGGCCAGCAAGAGCGGCGCCCAAUCGGCAUGCGACUGCGGGACCUGCGGGACCAAGUUUUCAACCAGGCUUCUAUGAGACGGGUUGCCAACAGGGAUCGGAACCGAGGAUGAGGAUGCAACAAGUUGGUGACGCUGUGAGAAUGAGGUGCAUCGAGGAACCACCACCACAAGUGUUCGAUUGCAGAGGUAGCAUUAUCUUGUCCCCUACCUCACGACGCUCUGUUGGAAGUCAGGCUCCCGGCCCUUCGGCGGAUGCUAAUCAAACAAGGACCAAGGAGGAUGAAGAUGCGCAGGCCUGUUCAAACAAUACCCGACUGUUCGGUGUGAAUUUGGAGGUGGGGGCUUCCCCGGCGUCCCCCGUGACCAAUCAACAAAGCAACUCGAACAACGACAACAAGAAAAACAACGGGAACGACAACAUGAGUAAUGCCAACUCCAUCGGCGGUGGCGCUUUCGGACCGUCUGAGGCGAUUCUCGGCCGUGCGAAAGACGGGUGGAGCGACAGGGAUCAUGCCGGUCCGGUAGCAGGAUCUAGCCCUGGUCGACCGGGGGGCCUGACGUGGCAACCCGCGGUGCGGUGGCCGCCGGAAGCGUCGUCCGGUGGCUGCUCUGCUCUGGACUUACGACAAGGUCAGGGAAGCCGGGAACAGAUUGAGCGAGCGAAGCAACCCCAGCAGCUGCACCUGACUGCUAGAUGCUUCAUGGGACCUUCGCAGCUCUGCACUGCCCAUUCUCCCUCUCCCCCUCAUGCCCCAUCAUCGAUGCCGCAGCAUAACUUGGAAUCGUCGUCCUCUUACAGGGAUCCGCAUCUGGUCCCAACACACUUCGAGAAGGUGUUCGAUACCCCUCUCUCUUCUUUUUAUUCUGGCAAUAUUGAUCAUCAACAGUUUCAGCCGCAUCAUCCGCAUUACCAUCAUCCUCGUCAGGAUCGUCAUCACCAUGACCACCAGGCCAGUUCACAGCAUGAUGAUCGUCGUGACGACGACGAUCAGGACCUUUCUCUGCAGAUUCGAUGCGAUGUCAGGCCACCCCCCACGGUUACAGCUGGCACUUCAAGGGAAUUUUGUGCACCGAUUUUGAUGGAUCCCAUGGGGCAGGACAGGCCGGGUUUCUCGGAUCGAGGAGCUGGAGGCGUGGGUGCAGACAGAGGAGGAAGAGGAGGAACAGAUUCACAUCUCCUUACGGCCGAGGCACGGUUGGCCAUUGGCCAUCCACUCCAUGACGGUGACGAUUCUUCCAUCUUGACCUUGAGAAAACGGACGGCAUCCGAUGCCGGUCUCGGUCUCGGUUACGCCGAAGCCCAUUUUCUCGGAAGCACCCCAAAUGCCGACAUCGUUCUAAUGAAUCAAAAACAUCAACACAUGUGUUGAUGGACCGGGGUCGAAGGGGGGAAUGAGGGUGCAUGACUGCAAUCGCCUGCCGCGAUUCAUGUCUCUCGCACCCUUCGCUUCUUCACCCAGCUGCACACGCAGGCACGUCCGUAUGUGCACCUGUCUGCCUAUUAUCCCAUCCUCACUCGCAUGUAUACUCUCGCUCAGGCACGCACGCUCGCUCGCUUGCUUGCUCGCAUAGGUUCAGCGGGAGGGGAGGGGGAGGGGGAGGGGUCGGCUCGCUUGAGUCAUCAGCUGGGCAGAGGAACAGUGAUCAGGAGGCAGCGGAGAAUCGUUAGGCACGCGUCAAAGAGCAGUACACGCCAUCAGCCAGCGGAUCGAAGUAGAGAUGUCAGAAAAAGCGCGCUUGAGGUGUGUUGCAGUCAGCGAUGUCCUUGUCGCUUUCGAGGACACGUGUAGUGGUAGCUGUAGUAGCCGUAGAAUGCUACUGGCAUUGGUGCAGCCCAUCCAGACUGGUUAAGGGAGGAUGAGAGGGGGCUACGGAGUAGUGAGUACUGCGCGGUUGAAGCUGACGUGAGCGAAGGAUGCGAUCGGAGGGGGAAAGGAAACUCGGCUCGAGCGGUCGACCGCCUUAUGUGGAAGAUGGGGAGUUGGGGAUUUGGGUUUGAUCGGCGAUGAAUCGAUCAUGACCAACGGAUAUAAACGGACCAGGAUCCCUUGAAACGGAGGGAGGGGCUGCAAUACCAGAUGGAUGCUGACGGUACAUCCUUAUAUAGAGCGAUUGGUCACAGGAUUGUGAUAAAGGCGUGGGCAAAGA